ACAACACAGACAUUACUGAAGGGUACAAGACCCAGCUGGGAAUCACAUUCAGAGAAAAAAUGUGCCAAGGAUUGGAAUCACUGCCAGUUACCUGUCUGGAGAGAGUCAAAGAGCUGAAGGCACGCUUGGGAAGUUUCCUCCUGAAGCAGGACCUCAAUCUCCUGGGCCUGUCCAACAAAACCGAUAAGCUGAGGACCGAGGACACGCUCAAGUGGAGCGCGUCCCUUCAGAAUCUCCUAUCUCACAAAGAUGGGUUGUGCGCCUUCCGAGCGUUCUUGCUGUCUGAGCACAGUGAGGAAAACAUCGCAUUCUACCUCGCCUGUGAGGACUACAAGAACACCAAGACGUCCUCCAAGCUGUGCUCCAAAGCCAAGAAAAUCUACGAGGAGUUUGUUGAUUCCGAUGCGCCAAGAGAGGUGAAUCUUGAUCAUGAGACAAAAAAUAUAACAAAGAACAACAUGGAGCAGCCAACUGUGUCGUGCUUCGAUCUGGCCCAGAGGAAGAUCUACACUCUUAUGGAGAAAGACUGCUACCCUCGCUUUCUCAAAUCUGCGCUCUACAUGGAGCUCAGCAGACAAGCGAAGCCCUGAACUUGUCUCCAAUGAAAGGACACACACGAAGCAGGAAUUCAAACGUACGAGCUUGAUCCGACCGGCGACUCGAGCUCAUGGCUGAGGUGGACUUGAGGUUAUCAGUCAUUACCUGUCAGAUACCAACCUGGAACCUGUAAGGAACUGGAGAGAAACUGCAUAGCAAAUGAUAUCAAAAGAAAACAAUCAUAAUGCUGAACGUGGGGAUGAAGAAGAUGAUGAAAGAGAAGCACUGGAGUUAAACUGUGAGCACACUUUUGCACAAAGCAAGUAGUAAAAAAUCCUAUGAUUUUUUUUUAUGGCUUUUGUUUUACUUUUUUCAUCUGGACAAUGGAUAUUUAUUGAAGAGAAUUUUUGUAUAAAUAUAAUAUAUUCAUUUUAUUAUUUAU